AUAAAUUAAGACGUUUGGAAUGCCUCGAUUGCUCGUCAACGAUAAAUGCUUAAAAAGAAAUUACUCUUUUCUGAGAAGAUCGUUUUGUAACGCAGGAAGUGGAAAGUCAAUAAAGACAUGGAAUUCUGUGGUUGGCUUAGAAAUUCACGCUCAAAUUGCGUCGGAUUCAAAAUUAUUUUCUGCAGCAAGUACGAAAUUCGGAAAAUCAGCUAACUCUUGUGUAUCUUUUUUUGAUUGUGCAACACCUGGAACAUUACCAGUAUUGAACAAAAAAUGUGUAGAAGCCGGAGUAAUUACUGCACUUGCUUUGCAAUGUCAAAUUAAUCAAAUAUCAUAUUUUGAUAGAAAACAUUAUUUUUAUGCAGAUUUGCCUGCUGGUUAUCAAAUCACUCAACAACGAAAACCAAUUGCAAUAAAUGGGAAAUUGAAAUUCAAUGUUUUUACUUCUGUAGCCAAUAAAGAAUCUUAUUUUAAAUCUUCAAAAUUAAAACAAAUACAGUUAGAACAAGACAGUGGAAAGACCUUAAAUGAUGAAAGUACCAAAAGGAGUCUUAUAGACUUGAAUAGAGCUGGUAUACCAUUGAUGGAAUUUGUAUUUGAACCAGAUUUGAAAGAUGGAGAAGAAGCUGCAGCACUAGUCAAAGAACUUAUUCUCAUUUUGCAAAGACUGAAUACGUGUUCUUGUAAAAUGGAUGAGGGAGCUCUCAGAGUGGAUGCUAAUGUUUCAAUAAACAGACCAAAUGAGUCAUUAGGAGUGAGAACUGAGAUUAAAAAUAUUGGUAGUGUUCGUGGAGUAGCUAGUGCAAUUAAUUAUGAAAUUAAACGACAAAUUGAUCUUUGUGAAAGAAAUAUAGAAAUUGUAAAUGAAACGAGAGCAUGGGAUGUCACUAGCAAUAAAACUAUUUCUAUGAGAAGUAAAGAAGAUAAACAGGAUUACCGCUUCAUGCCAGAACCAAAUUUACCUCCUCUUCAUAUUCAUGUAGACAAGGAAUUAGAAAACACUCACAAUCUAGUAGAUGCUACAAUUCUCAAAACCCAAAUACCAGAAAUGCCUCAAGAAACAAGGGAUAGACUUCAAACAGAUUAUGGAUUAUCGAAAAUUCAUUCUAUCAUUUUAGUAAAUGAACCAAUAUUAUUUGACUUAUUCAUGUAUCUCAUUACUUGUAAUAAAAAUCGUUCUCCAUAUAUUGUAUUCAAAACGAUUUUUCAUGAGUUAUUAGGACUUCUGUAUAAAAACAAUCAAGAUUAUGAUUAUGUAUUAGAAAUACGAGAUGAGUUCGGAAAAUUGAUUGAUUUUUUGCAAAGUGAAAAAAUAAAUUUAAUGGUGUUUAAUAAUGUGCUGAAAGAAUUGGUGAAAAAUCCUACCAUAUCUUCAAAAGAGAUGAUAGAAAAGAAUAAUUGGUUUCAAAUAAGCGAUGAAGAAGAAUUGAAGAAAAUAUGUCAAACUCUGCUUGACGAAAAUCCUCACUUAGUUGAGCAAUAUAAAAAUGGAAAGAAAAAACUGUAUAAAUAUUUUCUUGGGCAAAUAGUUAAAAAAACAAACGAUACAGCUAAUAUGAAAAAAGUUGAUCAAAUUAUGAAAAAACUAUUACAAUAA